CUCACAAGCGCCGGCCGCUGUCUUGUACAUACCCACGAGGCCCUCGCCAUCGCAGCCUCCCCCGCCGCCAAUGCCCGCAUAGACCGUCGGCCUGCCUGCCAUGUCCCUGCCGGCGUCAUCCCAGCAGCCCCCCGAGGGCGCGCCAUCCGCUGUCACUGUCAUCCCUGGCAGCGGCGGCGGCAGCAGCAGCAGCAGGAGAAGCUUCACCCUCCCCGCCCGCGCCCCCAAGAGAACCACUUCGGUGCCCGCGUCUGCAGCCUGCGCCGACGGCAUCGAGACGCUCUUUGUGUGCUCCGACUGCAAGAUCUUCUCCUUUACCACGCCCGCGUCAGCCCGCCGCCCCUCGCCCUCGCGCUCGGCUGACGCAUGGCAUCCCAUAGCGUGGAAGACGCCCACCGAGCGCACGCUGGCCGUCGGUAUCCUGCGCAUCUAUCGUGUGACGGCGUCCAACGUCUCCUUCCUCAACAGCGGCAACCUGCUGCACACCAUCUUCCCCCGCUCGCAAUGCUGGUGCGUCGACAACCAGUCCGUCUUCGUGCUUCGCGUUCGCCAGGAUUCGUACUAUCGCAUCGAGCUGCCUUUCGAGACGGACGAGGACCGCGACAAGAUUGCCGACUUCAAGACGGUCCUGGCCCAGGUGAUGCUGUAUGAGCACACAAAGUGCCCCUUCCGACGGGGCUCCGAGAUUGAAGAGCAGCAGCGGCCCAAGAGCCCGCCGCGGAAGACGAUCAAGAGGAAGCCCUCGGGCCAGGCCAAGAAGUGGGUGCUGGACAGGACGUGGGUGCCGGAGCACCAUGGCUCGCGGCCCUCAACUUCUGGUACCGAACGCUCCGAGACCAGUGCCCUUUCCUUGUACGACGACGAAGACGGCCGGAGCAUCUGUACUGACAGCAGCGAAGCAGUGUCGGAAGCGCCAGAGGUUCCCUUUGCCAGGACGCUGCCACCGCCCCACCCGUCUUCGUCUUCGCCGUCACUCGCGCCCAAGGCGCUACCGCGGCGGCUCUCCGUGGCAGAGCGAGCAAGCAUCUUUCAAGGCGUGCGCUCAGUCACGGCGCCAAUCAGAACCGGAUCGGUGCCUCCUAUGCAAAGCAUUGUCGAGUCGCCGCCCGCUCAACCAACCGGGGAUGCGGACAAGCCAGUGCUAGAGCGGCAUGUCUCGGACGCACCCAGCAUGGCCUCGACGGCCGAUAGCUUCUACUCACUAGAGACUGCCACGCCACGAAGCCCCUCGCCCAAGUUUGUCGAUGCGGCUGCAGCCAUGGUGAAGCCCUGGGCGGCGACCUUCUCCCCCGAGCACGAGGAGCCCAGAGGGCGCUCAACACACCGACGCCACAUCUCAGAGGCCACGGUGCGUGCUUCGUCAACAGAAGGAACCGGCCCCUCUGCGCCCCUUACGCCCACGGGCGCGUACUACGCCACGACGAUUGUGUCGACAGAUGUGCGACCGUCGUCGGCGCCGUCGACGCCGCCGCUCGUCAGUGAUUCCGACGACGAGAGCGUUGGGUGCGUGAGCCUAGAUAUUCCCACACCACCAGAUGCGAUUCGGAUGAAGAGACUUACGGGCGCCUCGCAACGGCGGGCCUUUUCGCCUAUGCCGCCCAGUCAAAACUUGUUCUGCCCGCCCAAGCAGCACGCUGGCAAAGACUUCACCAAUGCCCUUGUGCGCAAGACGUGCGAGAUUGUGCUAGGGCCGCCAGCACAUCUGGUCUCCAUGAUGCUGCGUAUUGCCACGAGCAUCUCCAACGGCAUUGGCUUGAGCGCGUACCGCGCCCGGCGUGCUGAGAAGAUCCCUUGCUCGUGGGAGUCAGAUGACGAGGAUGAUUGGGCCGAGGACGAUUUCGGUAUCCCACUGAACAACAUUCGCGAGUCGACUCUUCGACGACGAACAUUUUCUGGUGACGUGGAUUGAUCAACGUGAGACCAGGGCCCUUUGGCCAGAGGGUGUUUUCCUAUUGUGCGCCCUGCCCAACGAUAUGCCAGGGGUGUGUAUGUGUGUGUGUGUUUGUGUGUGUGUGUGUGUAUGUUUUAAUGUCUGCAUGUACAGGGGACCGGGGGGCAAGGGCGGCAUGCCUGCUUCAGCCGCGAGCGCAAGGGCGGUAUAGAUUUUAGUUUAUUUUUGGUAAGGGUACGUGAUUGUAAU